AUGGAUCUCCACAGUUUUAACAUAGGCUUAGCACUUUGGUUUAUUUUACUGAUUCUGGAGGCAGUUACUGGAACAUUCAUAAAUGCAUUUAUCAUAACAAUACUUCUGCAUGGAUAUUUUAGAAAACAGAAAAUGAGUGACAAUGAUAAAAUAUUAAUCACUCUCAGCAUCAAAAAUAUUUAUUCUCCCCUGGUCUGUUCUGCUGCAUUGAUUUUAUUUUUUGUGUGGCCUCAGAUUAACAAUGAGAUUUAUGCCAUGUUUGGCAUCUUUAUGCUGACCAUUUUUAGCACAAUUUCAAUGUUCUGGCUUACAGCCUGCCUUUGUGUCUUCUACUUUAUAAAAAUUGUCAAUUUCAGCUGUGGGAUCCUUCUUUGGGCUAAGAUGAAGAUCAGAAUCGUUGUUCCAUGGUUGAUAUUCUUCUCAGAACUGGUCUCCUUGUGCUGGACUUUCUUUACCAUGUUGCCAUUAGUCAACGAUAAACAAUCUUCACAAAACAGUUCAUCUUUCUUUUCAGGCAACACUACGUCGGAAGCAAAUGCCGCCAUUUUUGAUCUGAUAUGCAUUGCUGUUUCUCUACCUCUGCUGAUCAUUAUAAUCACUACUUUCUCUACUGCUGGGUCACUUUAUUUGCACAGGCGAAGAAUGGAAAAGAACAUAGGUGCUUCUAGCAGUCUGAAAGCACAUGAAAGUGCUGUGUGGAUGAUGACACAUCUCCUGCUUCUAUACACACUCGUAUUGGUGGUACAGAGUCUUCAUUUUAGUGGUGUCUUUGUCCCACUAAGCUUUGGAUAUUGUCUGAAUUACAUCAUCUUAUUUUGCUUCCCAUUAGUACAAUCUGUCCUUCUAAUUAAAAGUAACCCUAAACUAAAGGACAAGCUGAAGCAAAUAAGCCUUGUUUGCAGCAACUGA